GCCAGAGAGGUAGGCUGUGAGGUUCAGGUUCUCUUCCCUCCCUUUCGUUUGUUGCUGCUCUUCGUCUUCGCCGGGACCAUGAGUUACUCCAAGUCCGCCGUCUACUCCACCUCUCUCAGGCCACUCAAGUUUGGCACCGGGGGCAGCGCGGCCAGCGUCUACGCUGGAGCCGGUGGCUCCGGCUCCAGAAUUUCUGUCUCCAGAGUCUCCAGCCUGAGCUCAAGCUACGGAGGAGGCUAUGGAGCAAGCUCCAGCUACGGAGGGGGCUUUGGAGCAAGCUCCAGUUACGGAGGGGGCUACGGGGCAGGCUCCAGCUACGGAGGGGGCUACGGAGGGAUGAGCAGCAGCCUCCAUCUCUCCGGUUCUGGGAUGGUCCAGAACGAGAAGGAAACCAUGCAAGACCUCAACGACCGCCUGGCCAGUUACCUGGAGAAGGUGCGCAGCCUGGAAGCCGAUAAUCGUCAGCUGGAGAUCCAGAUCAGAGAGUACAUGGAGAAGAAAGGGCCCAGCACCCGAGACUGGGGCCGUAAUUUUGAUAUCAUCGACGAUUUGAAGAACCAGAUCUUCGAUCAGUCUGUGGAAAAUGCUCGUAUUGUCCUGCAGAUUGAUAACGCUCGCCUGGCUGCCGAUGACUUCCGUGUCAAGUUUGAGGCUGAACUGGCUAUUCGCCAGUCAGUGGAGAGUGACAUCAUUGGCCUCCGCAAAGUCAUUGAUGACACCAACAUGAGCCGUCUGCAGUUGGAGGGUGAGAUCGAGGCCCUCAAGGAAGAGCUGAUCUUUAUGAAGAAGAACCAUCAAGAUGAAAUCACCAACUUGCAGACCCAGAUUGCCAACUCUGGUCUGACCGUGGAGGUAGAUGCUCCCAAAUCACAGGAUCUGGCCAAGGUAAUGGCAGAGAUCCGUGCGCAGUAUGAUACCUUGGCUCAGAAGAAUCUUGAGGAUUUGGACAAGUACUGGGGCCAGCAGAUCUCGGAGAGUACCAUCAUCAUCAAUCAAAAUACCAAAGAAAUUGAAACUGCUCGUACCACCAUUACGGAUUUGCGACGCACAGUCCAAACAUUGGAAAUUGAACUAGAAUCUGUGCGCAAUGUGAGAGCCAGUCUGGAGAGCAACCUGCAUGAAGUGGAGUCUCGCUAUGCAAUGCAAAUAGAACAUCUGAACGGAAUCCUGCUGCGGACAGAAGCUGAAUUAGCCCAGCUAAGGAAUGACGUCCAGCGCCAGGCAGAUGAGUAUCAGUCUCUGUUAAACAUCAAAGACAAGCUGGAAGCAGAGAUUGCUACCUAUAGGACUCUGCUGGAGGGCGGAGAGGAAUUGAGCCUGAAAGAUGCUUUACUGGAAAGCACCAUGCAAGUGUCUCAGAAGAUCCACUCCACCAAAAUAGUGGAUGGCAAAGUGGUUUCGGAGACCAAAGAAACCAAAACAUUGAAGCGUUGAUCUCCUCCUGAUGUAGCCAACCUCCUGUUGAAACUUCAGUGGCAUCAUUUUAUUUUGAAGUGGGAGGUUGCAGAGGAAGGGAUUGGGCUGAUUCACUGUACAAUUCAAUAAAGCAAUAUGCCUG